UGUAGAACAAAAAAGAGUGUCGGCAAAGUUUCAGUUUCAAGAAUGAUAGAGAGACAAGAAAGAAAGUGAGAGUUUUAAUGGAAAAAAAAGUUUCAAUCUUUUUGGCGUUAAACAUCAUAAUAAUCAAUACUAUGAGUUACUAGUGACAGUAAUAGUGCAUUAAAUGGGGAACCACCAUGGCCGUUUCUCUCACAGUAAACAUCAUCAUAAUCAACAAGGUCCCCCAUUUUUUUUACCUACACAACAAACCCAAAAUACCCAGAUGGGUAUAGCUUUGCCUUAUGCUAAUGUUGAUUCAAAUUUGCGUGGUCUUGCUGGUCAAGCUGAGGGUUUUGGUGGUUCUUCCAUUGGUGGUCUCGAUGGUCAUGUUUAUCAAGUUCUUAAUCUUAAUGAUGAUGGGCCAGGAUCACUUCGAGAUGGAUGUCGUAAAAAAGAACCUUUGUGGAUCGUCUUUGAAGUUUCAGGGACUAUUGAGCUCCGUUCUCAUUUGAGUGUGUCCUCUUUCAAAACUAUUGACGGGCGAGGCCAAAAAAUCAAACUCACUGGGAAAGGGUUGAGGUUGAAAGAAUGUGAACAUGUUAUUAUAUGCAAUCUAGAGUUUGAGGGAGGUAGAGGACAUGAUGUUGAUGGCAUUCAGAUUAAACCAAAAUCGAGGCAUAUUUGGAUAGAUCGUUGUAGCCUUAGCGACUAUGACGAUGGUUUAAUUGACAUCACAAAAGAGAGCACAGAUAUUACUGUUUCUAGGUGUCACUUUUCAAAACAUGAUAAAACAAUGCUUAUUGGAGGAGAUUCUUCUAAUUGUGGUGACAGAUGUAUGAGGGUCACCAUUCACCAUUGUUUUUUUGACGGAACUAGACAGCGGCAUCCUCGUGUUAGGUUUGCCAAAGUACAUUUGUACAAUAACUACACUAGGAACUGGGGAAUUUAUGCUGUUUGCGCUAGUGUAGAAUCACAGAUAUAUUCACAAUGCAAUAUAUAUGAAGCUGGACAAAAAAAGGUGGCCUUCAAAUAUCUAACAGAGAAGGCAGCUGAUAAGGAAGAAGCAUGUACUGGUAGCAUUAAAUCUGAAGAUGACUUGUUUGUUUGUGGAACUCAGGCUGGUUUAUUGUCUACUUGCAGCGAAAAUAACGUCUUCAAUCCAUCUGAGUUCUACCAAACCUGGACUGUUGAACGUCCCAGCGAUGAUCUCAAACACUACCUUCAACAUUGUACAGGAUGGCAGUGUAUUCCGCGGCCAAAUUGAUCAGCCUUUCUCCAGCUGUUUAGGAUAACGUAAAUGAACAGAGACGGUAGCUUAAACGUGUGAGCAUAUACUACUACAACGUCGUUUAUCAUCGAUUUGUUGUUGCUAUCAUCUCGUCUAUUGUUGUCAUUAUAUAUGUUGGCGUAAACUACAAUCAUUGAAGUAAGAAAAAUUCCUAAAAUUUCUCAUGCUUCUAGCCUCUUUUGGUAUGAACCUUAACCAAUUUGUUUACUCAAUGAAGUUGGUGGCAAGAUCAAAGCUCAAAUCCAACAACUAAUAGAAGGUGGUUUCUUCUCAUCA